UAUCACUCCUCUUUUCUAAUCAUUUUUCAACCUUCUCAUUGUAAAUCCAUUACAAUCAUCGAUACCAUGUCAUACCCCUUCGAAGCCAUCGGUAUCAUCUCCAUCGGGGAGAUGGGUCUGGGCAUAGCCCAGCUCCUGAUCGCCCAUCAUUACCGAGUCCUGACCUAUGCGGCCGAUCGGAGCGAAGCCACCCAACGCCGAGCAUGGGAAGCAGGCAUUGAGCUCCGUCCCUCGAUGCAAGACCUGGUCGACCAGAGCGACUGCCUCCUCUCCAUCGUUCCACCACGGGACGCACUCGCAACCGCCCGGCGCAUCGUGGAAGCAUCGUCCGCGCGGCCCUCGGUCCGCGAUACCCCGCUAUGGGUGAUUGAUCUGAAUGCCGUGUCGCCAAAGACAGCGCGCGAGAUAGAAGCACUCAUUACUGAAGCAAGUGGGACAUCAUCAUCAUCUUACCUCCGGUACAUCGACGGAGGCAUCGUGGGUGGCCCACCGCGGCCAUUGCAGCCAACCAACCCCAACGAACCAGCUUGGCAUUGUCCCAGCUUGAUAGUCUCCGGUCCCGGUAAACUCCCAGACGAGAAGUUAUCUCGCACACUGAAUAUCAAACAUAUCUCGGACCGGAUUGGUGUAGCGACCGGGUUGAAGAUGUGCUUUGCUUCUCUGACGAAGGGGUUUUUCGCGUUGGCUAUUCAGUCGUUUACUACGGCGCAUUCGAUGGGUGUGCUUCCGCAGCUGCAAGAAUUGAUGGAGGAGUAUAAUGCGGCGACGCUGCGGAUAGCGGAGAAGGGGGUGGUAGGGAUGCCGCCGAAGGCGUAUCGGUGGGUGAGGGAGAUGAAGGAAAUCGGAGAUACGAUGAGGGAUGACGGGGGGUUUGAAAGUGAUUUGUUCUACGCCGUGGCUCAGGUGUAUCAAACCGUCGCGGAUGAUCCUAUCCUGGGGCAAGAGAAGCCGGAUGAUCGACAGCGGGGGAAGACGGUCGAGGACGUGGUGGAGUGUUUGGAUAAGAGCUUGAAGGUGAAGAAGGAUUGAUUGACUCCAUCGACGAAUUAUAUGUAUGU